CCCUAAAUCAGGUAUCUUCCAAUUUACCAAAUCGCCAUAGCAGAACCCGAAAGAGAGUGAGCGCGAUGCAGAAGAGAGACCAGAGCAAGUCGGCUGGAGGCGCAGGAGGCGCCGCCGGUCCCACUCCCAAGAGAGGCCGCCCAUUCGGCAGCAGCUCCGCCGCUGCAGCCGCAGCAUCUGAAACGGCUGCUCCGUCGAACCUCCUCGGCCCAUCUCUCCACGUUCAUAGCUCCUUCGCUGAUCAAAACAAUAAAAGGAUAGUUCUCGCCCUUCAAAGUGGAUUAAAGAGUGAGCUGACCUGGGCAUUGAAUACUCUCACACUGCUCUCAUUCAAGGAAAAGGAUGACAUGCGCAAAGAUGCAACCCCUCUUGCAAAAAUUCCUGGGUUGCUGGAUGCUCUUCUCCAAGUUAUUGAUGACUGGCGCGAUAUAGCUCUUCCUAAAGAACUCAUAAGGACACCAAGGGUCAGAACACUAGGUGCAAAUUCAACCGUAACAGGAUUUGGGAAUGAGUUGGGUUCGUUGGGGUCAAAUGGUACUCCCCUGCAUCCUAUCCUAAAGUAUGGUUCAUCUGUCAUGGAACCAAUGGUACAGAACAAUAUUUCCAAAUCUCAUCCUUCAAAUUGGUGGUUUGAUGAAGAUGGUCUGUUUAAUCUUGAUGAAGAAGGGCGAGCAGAAAAGCAGCAAUGCGCUGCUGCUGCUUCAAACAUUAUCCGGAACUUCUCUUUCAUGCCUGAAAAUGAAAUUAUUAUGGCCCAGCAUCGUCAUUGCUUGGAAACAGCAUUCCAGUGCAUAGAAGAUCACUUCACGGAGGAUGAGGAACUUGUCACAAAUGCCCUUGAGACUAUUGUAAAUUUGGCUCCAUUGCUUGACCUUCGAAUUUUUAGCUCAUCAAAGCCAUCCUACAUCAAAAUAACAGAAAAACGUGCAGUUCAAUCCGUCAUGGGGAUGCUAGGAUCUGCAGUCAAAGCAUGGCAUUGUGCAGCUGCUGAAUUACUAGGGCGUUUGAUAAUAAAUCCUGAUAACGAGCCUUUCCUUCGUCCCUUUGUUCCACAGAUACACAAGCGUUUAGUUGAUCUUAUGAGCUUUCCAGCGUUGGAUGCCCAAGCAGUUGCUGUUGGUGCUCUCUAUAACCUUGCAGAAGUUAAUAUGGACUGCAGAUUGAAGCUCGCCAGCGAGCGAUGGGCAAUUGACCGACUGCUCAAGGUGAUCAAGACGCCGCACCCUGUUCCAGAAAUUUGCAGGAAAGCUGCAAUGAUACUUGAGAGCCUGGUCUCUGAACCACAGAAUAGGGGGUUGCUGCUAGCUUAUGAGAAUUCCUUUGCAGAGAUACUCUUUGCCGAUGGCAGAUAUUCUGAUACAUUUGCGAGGAUAUUGUACGAGCUAACGGCUAGACCCAAUAACAAAGUGGCAGCAGCACGUGGUGUUUGGGGCAUGUAACUGGAAGACCGACAUCUUUUGGUGAUCUGGCCCAAUUAGCAUCCAUCCGGGCCUGGGAUCUCUGAAUGUAUAUAUCUGCUGACUUUGACUCACUCGAGUGUCAACCACAAGAAUUAUUUAUUUAUUCGGUCAAAACGCAAGGCCUAAUUUAUAGAUUUA